AUGCAGUCCAAGCGCUGGGCAAACCCAUCUUACCGUUAUGCCUCCACCCAAUUCAUUGAGCAGCACCGCGCUAACGAAGAAAUCCGCAGGCUCAAUGUCGAAGAUGAUGGGAUUGAUUACCCACAAGCAAUUGCACGGCUGCAGUCUGAUAAUUCACCCCUUGCAGUUGAACUGCAGCGACACUGGAUGCAUCUGCAGUCAGUAAAUACCCAUCACCUGUGGUGCAUUGAGUGGAUUAUGGAGCUACCAGGGUAUAAUGGGCCAAUGAGACCCAGUACUCGCAAAGGUCGGACUGAGGUAGUGUCACUGCCUCCUCCACAUCAAUUACCGCAAGAUCAGGAUGACAUAGGUGAAGGUGACACAGAUGAGGAAGCAUUCAGGCAGUUGGAAGAUGUGCAUACUUACUUCGAGGAACUCGAUCACCAUCGCGUGGACUUAGAAUUAGUGUAA